AAUUUAUAAAUUUCGUAUCGUGGAAUGGUUUUCGUUCGAUAUUAACGGAUAUAUAAACGUAUGUGUCGAAUAUCGUUGUGCAUUUUGUGUUUAAGUGAUAAUUUACCAGUGAACGAUGUGAUAUCAUUGAUUACGAUGAAUUCGAUACAUAUUUGAAAAGCGUAUUUACGUAAUUACUUCAACAAUUCGGUACCUUUUGCGUCGAUUCGAUUGUUGUCGCGAAAAAAUUAUUCCAUUUUGAUUCUUUUCGGGUAUGAGAUAUAUCUUAAAUUCGAAAUUGAGUUCGUAUUGUAUGAGAAAAUCGUUUAUUCAAAAUGCGAAGAAGAAUCUUGAACUUUCGGAAUUCGGAGGAUCAAGCUAGCGAAAAUAUCGAUACGACGCCAUUGCGCAGAAGCACCAUAGCAUUCCCGCGGUUACGUUUGCUAUACAAGGACUUCAAAUCGGAUAAAGAUAGUGAAAAACCGGUGGUGGUUGACAAUUGUCAAGUAACGAUUGGGAAAUCUGUUCAACAAAUCGUUAAAAAGUACACGCUCAAAGCGCCUAAGAAAACUUAUUACGAGGACAGAUUCAUAAAGUUUAACUACAACUCGGAAGCUGCUAAUUAUCUUUUGAAGAAAAGGAACGAGGAUCGAUUGCAGAGGGACGAGAUCGAUGUGUUCAAACAGGUGGACUCUCUGCAUACUAGAUGGCAGAGGAAAUUUAUGCACCAAUUAAUGGUGAAAGAAAACGUAAUACCAGGGGUGAGACAGAAACAAGUGCUGCGCGCAAACCACUUAUCCACGGAAAACAAGUUGCCUGGAAACUUAGCUGGCCGGCCUAGGGAGCUGUGGGACGAGGAUCAGUUUGAAGAUGGAAUGUGGAAAUCGAAGCCGCGAAAGAGGCCUUUAAUAGGCAUUAUAGACUCCAUAUUAGAUAUGCCCGGAUUCCAAACUUCGCCGCGUCCAACGUUGCCAAUGCAGGGACGUUUGGUCGAUUGGGGGUCGAAAAAUAUCAUCGCAGCGGCGGUCCAGGAUAUCGUGACGCUGUACAACGGGCAGAAUGCAGGCGAUAACACGGAGCUGGAGAACGUGGAAAUAUCCAAUAUUUCCGCGCUCAAGUGGAACAACGCGGGUACAAAGCUGGCCAUUUGCACCAAGUCGUCGCAGGUGAACUUGUACUGCGUCAACUCUCAAAAGGUAAUUUGGACGAGCCCGUGCUGCGGCAAGAGCUACUUGCCACUGUGUUACGCCCGUUGCAUCUGCUGGCCCCAGGAUGAUCGAUACGUCAUCACCGGAUGCGUGGGAGUGAUCACGGUUCAUUCGGUGGAAAAUGGCGACCUCGUCCAAUACAAUCACGCCCACGUCUCCGAGAUUUUGCUGCUCGAAUUUUCCUCCAAUUAUCGAUACAUCGCCUCCGCCUCUCAUCACUCCUUAGACAGGAAUAUACGAAUAUUCCUAUGGCCUUAUCUCAUCCCCUACGUGGACAUCGAUUACUGCGAACCCGUCCUGGCGUUGGCCUGGCACCCUUACGAAAGCGGUUACCUGUGUAUCGGCGGUGGUUACGGGAACGCAUCGCUGUCGCUGUGGAACGUGAACAAAUUGGUCCCGGAGGGUUAUCGAAACGUGUACUUUCACGGCGCUGUGAAGAACCUCGCGUGGAACAAGCACAGCGCGGAGCUGGUCGUUAAUUGGUCAUACUUCGUGCAACAGGCCGAAUGCACGUUAAUGCCCGUCCUGGGCAGCCUUGAUCGGGUUGUGGACAUGAUAAUGGUGGAUAAGGAUUUGCAAGUCAACAGUAUCAUGUGGAACCCCGAUCACACGCAGUUGGCUGUUCAGUAUAACGAGUCUUUGUGCAUGUGGAAUUUCUUCGGUGACGAAUACCAGUGCCAAAAAAAUAAGAAGAAGCCGCGUAAAAUUCGUGCAAAUAAACGAGAUAACGUAAAAUUCACGAAUUUCAAGGAAUUCGAGCAAUAUAAUAUACGAUAAAACAACGUACGUAUGGGUGUAUAGAAGAAAAUUUAACUUUUUUAUAUUCUAUUCUUCCUUAUUUAUCGCGCCAAUAUUGUUAUAAUUCUUCUUUGUUCAUCGAGUAUCUUUCUAAUACAAUUUAUUUUAUUUAUUUAACUAUUUAUUUCAUUCGCCGUAAAAGUUAAGGGAAAAGUCUUAUUUAACGAAAUAUGAAUAUUUAUUAUUUUAUUUCGA